AUUUAUUGUUUUGUUGUAGCUAGACUAAGGUUGUUAUUAGAUUUGUUGGCUAAUUGUGGCUUUCAACUGUAAUGCUUAUCAUCUCUCAUUAACUGUUAUUGUUGUUGUGGAAAGCACAACUACCACCUUUCAAAUCAAACAAUUGAGGUGCUGAUAGGCAGUACAAGUGACCGCAUUGGACGUGUAAGUAGCGACAGCACAAAUAUCAAGUUGCAUAUAACUGUUGGAAGAAAAAUACGAAAUAAAUAUGUCCGUGGAUGGGGAUGCAGAGAAAGCCAAGCAGGCGCCGGCGUUCGAUGAUGUGGACUUCACCAGCGGAUUCGAAACACAAUACCAGCAGGAAUAUCGCCCUUUAAAGGUGGUGCGCCCGUCACCUCCCGAUCCAAAUUUAGCUUGGUAUCGCGAUAAAGUUACGGUGCUGGUGGUUUGCUUUCUCUUCGUGGUGCUCAUGACGGGUUCUGUGGUACUGAUUCAUUCGAUUUUCUCCGCUGAUCCCACAACUAUGGUGCUGCUAUUGUUAGCCUAUUUCGCCUUAGCGCUCUUCUUUAUUUGGUUAGAAGUCUUCAGUAAGAAUUUGCGUUAAUUACAAAAUUAGUGAAAUGUGAAGAUCAUAAAGAGUACUUACGAAUAAAGAAAUGUUAUGUGGAAAAUGACAUACGAAUCAAAUGAAAA